CCUCUACUCGCUCACUCAUCACUCACUCCAUUACAAAAUAAAUGCGAGAAAGAAGGUGAGAGGCAAAAGUGUCGGUGGCUCUCUUCACAGACAACAGUGGGCUCUCUCCCUCUCCAUCUCUCUCUGUGUGAAUUGCUGUUGAGCUUUCGACUUCAGCUGCUUGUCUCUAUCCAUUUAUUUCUGCACCUCUCCUCCCCCCGACUGCUCACAAAAACACCUACUACUGCUCAACUAUUCCCUCGAAGCCUUUUCUCCAAAACAUUCACUCAUUUCCUCUGUUUUCAUCCCCAAACGAGAAGCGUAAAUAGAGGGGACAGGAAGGGGGAACGGGAAAAUGGGAGUGGAUUUGAGGCAGGUUGUUGCUGGGAUACUCACCAUCACCAUGUUCGUCAUGCUUGGGGAUAUGCUCAAGAGGGAUUACAUUGGCAACUCGGAGCAGGAAAGGUUUCCCGGCGAAGCCAGAGAUGUUGAAUUUGAUAGCGGGAAGGUUAUGGAGAAGUUUGCGAUGAAGACGAACGGUCCGUGGAUGGAAGAGAGCGAAGAGCUUACACCUUGUUGGAAGAAGAAGUCUGAUUUCGAUUUGGUUGAGGACUACAAAGGUUUUGUCACGUUCUCGUUAACCAAUGGACCGGAGUAUCACGUCUCACAGAUUAGUGAUGCAGUGGUGAUAGCUAGAUCUCUACAGGCAACUCUUGUACUUCCUGACAUUAGAGGAGACCGGCCAGGUGAUGAGAGGAAGUUUGAAGAAAUCUAUGAUGUUGGGAAAUUCAUCAAUGGUUUGGAUGGGGUAGUGAAAGUGGCCAGAGAGCUUCCAGUUUCUGUAUCCCUUCGAGAUUUCGAAGUUAUCAGGGUACCCAAUCGAGUUACAGAGGAAUACAUUGCAGAGAAAAUUGAACCAGUCUUUAGAAGGAAGGGUAACAUUAGAGUGGCAAGUUACUUUCCCACUCUAAAUAUGAGGAAGACCGCACAGAAGAGCGGCAGUGAUUCACUCUCAUGUUUGGCCAUGUUUGACACUUUGGAGUUGAAGCCCGAGGUUAACGAGGUGGUUGAUGAUAUGGUCACAAGGUUGAAAACUUUGAGCCGGCAUUCUGAUGGUCGGUUUAUAGCAGUAGACUUGAGAGUUGACAUGUUGGAAAAGAAGGGCUGUCAUGCCAGUGCAACAAAGAGCUGCUACAAUGCACAUGAAAUUGCGCUAUUCUUGAGGAAGGUUGGAUUUGGCAGUGACACAGUGAUCUAUCUAACUCAGUCAAGGUGGGAUGAAAGUCUCGACGUAUUGAAGGACAUCUUCCCUAAAACUUACACAAAGGAAAGCAUAAUUCCCGCGGAGAAGAAGACCAAGUUCUUGGGAUCAGAAGACUCGGAGUUUGAGAAGGUGAUUGACUUCUACUUGUGUUCCAGAAGUGAUGUCUUUGUACCAGCCAUCUCCGGCCUGUUCUACGCGAAUGUAGCCGGUAAGAGAAUAGCCACCGGUAAAACUCAAAUACUAGUACCAGCUGAGAUUCCCGGUACAUCAUCGCCAAUCACCAGUCAUUUCUCUCCAUACAUCUCAAAGAGGAACCACAUGGCAUAUACAUGUUUUUGCUAGUAUUUCGAAGUGAGAAGGCAGAAAGGCGAAAUGGGGGGUUGCAGAAGUCUCCCAAAUAAUACUCUUAUAUUCAUUAUAUUGCAGAAGGUUGAGAAGCUUUCAUUAUGUACAAUAUAAGAAACUGGGAAAUCAAAGUUCUUCCCAUGAAACAUAAGUGUUUCUGUUUUUCUCUUGUUUUUUUUUUUUUUGGGCUUUUGAGUUGGUUUUGUUACUUCAGAACAGAGUGGUCUUGUUUUGAAUAGGAUUCAAAUAGCUAUCUUUUUGUGAGGUAGGUAUAGAUAUUUUGAAGAACUUGUUUGAUGUCUCUGUUGUAAAACUUAAGGAUCAUAGUUCAUGAUGAGAUCAGUGGUAUUUCCUACCUAUCUCAAUUUGCUUCCUUUUCCGUGUUGGAUGAUGGUUUUGCAGAAGUGUAAGAAUUCAGGCUAGUUGGAACAAAGACAAAAGAACAACCCUAAAGGAUGACCGCCGUUAUAUUAUGCCUGGUUGGAAUUCAAAGUCAAAAUAUAUACAAGGCAGUCCCAGAAAAUGGGGGAUUAUAUAAUGUAGGAUAGGGAUGGCAACAAAAC